AUGACUCGCUUCAGUUAUGCGGAAUAUCUCUCUUUAUUUCGUUCCAGUGGAGUGCGGAGUAACCGGCGCGGGUUUGACAGCGGGACCCCCACCGACUCAUUUCUGUUUUGCAGAGAUGUAGAGCCCAUGAUCCUGGCAAUCAGGAGAGGAGAUGUGCACACAGUGUCUAAACUGGCUGAUUCGACAUCAUGCAUCGAAACACAUUCUUCAGUGGAUGACUGGACAGCCUUACAUGAAGCAGCACAGUGUGGACAAGCUGCCUGUGUUAAAGCUCUCCUCAAAGUGAAACCCACUUUAGUAGAUAAGCGUACCCUUCAAGAGCAGACUGCUCUGCUGAUAGCAGUUGAUGGGAAGCACCUGCAGUGUGUGAAGAGUCUUCUGGAGGCAGGUGCAGAUCCAGAUAUCAGCAAUAAAAAUAAAGAGACACCACUGUAUAAAGCUUGUGAAAAUGAAAGCAUCGACAUUGUGAAAGCGAUACUGGCAUUUGGAGGCACAGUAAACCAGCGCUGCCAUCGGGGCUGGACAGCUCUCCAUGAAGCAGCAAGACAGGGGAACACACAGCUCUGUGAGACUUUGCUUCAGGCCGGUGCUGCAGUCAAUGCCCCCAACACUGACGGCGUCACUCCACUCAUAGAGGCAGCUCGGCAUGGCAGAAAAAAUAUUGUGGACUACCUCAUAAGUAAAGGUACUGGUGUAAAUUUACAGUCAUGUGAGGGAACUACUGCUCUGAGUGAAGCCAGUAAGUUUGGCCAUCGAGACACAGUUGAACUUCUUCUCAAACACCACUCAGAUGCCAACAAAGCCUCCAACACUGGACUUCUGCCACUGCACAUUGCUGCCCAGCAUGGCCAUGAAGAAAUUGUGUCCUUACUGGUGCCUGUCACUAGUCGAUUAAAAAUACGACAAAGUGGAAUCACUCCUCUCCACCUGGCAGCUGAGUUUAACCAGGAAAAUGUCGUGCAAUAUUUCAUCAAGUUAGGCUGUGAUUUAAAUGCCAGGCUGUCCCACCAACGCUCAGCCAUGUUUCAUGACCAUCGCAGCACAGUUCUGUACUGCGCUGUUGCAGCGGGUAAUGCGGGAGUUGUGGACAUAUUGCUGAAAGCUGGCGCAGACCCUAAUCUGGACCCCCUUAACCCCCUGCUGGUUGCAGUACGCCAGGGCUGUUUAAGAACUAUUUCCACACUGGUGCAACAUGGGGCAGAUGUCAAUGCUCAAAUACCAGCUCAUCCCACAGACUUUCCUGGUGUGCUCUUGUGUACACAUCAUCUGGGAAUUUUACAGUAUCUGUUGGACAAUGGCUGUAACGUACAGGAUUGUUUCAGGUGUGACCAUUUGGACAUUCUGCAAAGACGAAUGGUGGACACAGAAGACAGAACUCAGGAUACAGUAAUGCCAAAUACAGUUCCGUCACAUACAAUCUGCACAGAAUCAUCUACCAGAAAUGUACAGUUUUGCGAGUGGAUCUCUUCUACCUCUGUGAGUCAUAUAGCAGCACCUCUGAUAAACCUGCUUCUGGAUUAUGUUGGAAAUGUUCAGCUGUGCUGCGGUAUCACUAAACAUUUAAAGAGUAAAGAAGCAUGGCCUGUUAUUAAGGAAAAAGCAUCAUCUCCUCGUCCACUGAUGCAUCUGUGCAGACUGAAGGUUCGUGAACAGGUCGGUGCCCAGAGACUGAUGUUGCUUAAUAAUCUUCCACUACCAAGCAGACUGCUCCAGUUUCUGCAUUGUUUACAGGCCAACAACACAGUGUCUAUUUAUAAGAAAAGAUGA